ACAUACAUGCAUAUUCACCCCCAAUCCAGAAGGGGGCGGGUCAGCACGGUCAGGAAAAAAAGAAGAAAAGACACGUUAACUGCAAAAUAAUUAAGAAUCAAGGUGAAGAAUUAGGUGAGGAACCAUUUAGUCUCCAGUGCCACCAUUUUCCAAAACUGCAACCUACCCGGAGUCUCCAGAAGUGCAAUGUGUCAGGUUUCAGAGACUUUGCUUGGCUAAACAAAAUCUUACUUAAUAAGAAUAACAUGAUGAAGUGCUGUGAAAUACAUGAAGACUGAUUUUUUUUUUUUUUUUGAGCGUGUUGAGAGUGACUCUUGAAGGACCAGCAUCACAUGCUCUUGUACCACAGAAUUUAUCUUCCAGAAUCUGGCAGUAAGUUUUGGGAGUUCAUUUUUAGUCCAUCUCCAAUCCUGAAAAGUCUGUCUUUCAGAGAUUACAUUUUUUUCUUUUUCAUUUAAGUAUUUUAUUCAUUUAUUUGUAGUCAAGACUUUAAGACUUUUUUGUAGAGAAAGUAGAGACUUUCAAAAAUGAAUCCAACAAAUAGUCAUUUUGCCAGAUGGUGAAUUGACUUAAUUUCUUCAAAACUGCUUUGGUUAACCAAAGUCUUUGUGGAAUUAUCCAGCAAGAUGGCACAAAUGUUUUUACCUUUCAUAAAUAUUUCUUUGUAAUGGAAAAAUUUGUGUUUUUGUGAUUACAAAAAAACUUAAAAUGAACUCCACACAAAUUUUCCAUGAGAGUUUUAACACAUCUGCACAUAUGUUUUCCAGUUAAUACAUUAAUACAGGGACUGUGUACUUUAGAAAGAUAUGACUUUGGCGCACCUUGAAAAAGAGAUAUGAUUUGGCCGGUUUAUAAAAGCACCAGAACUCCCUUCAAUGCCACACUUGCAGCGACUGAUGAUGAUGGCGAUGCUGGGAGUUUUCAUCUCUGUUGCCCUCAUCCUGGGGACAGCAAAUGCAGCUUCUUUGGGAGCUGUGUACACCGAGGGAGGGAUGGUACAGGGAAAGAGUUACAGUGUUGGACUCCUCCGCUAUAUGGACGUGUUCAAGGGAAUCCCCUUCGCCGCUCCACCUGGCAGAUUAGCGAAGCCCGUUCCUCACCCAGGCUGGGGCGGUGUUCUGAAAGCCACCGACUACAGAAAGAGGUGCAUGCAGCUCAAUCUUCUGGCUACUGAUGUUGUGGGCAGUGAAGACUGUCUCUACCUGAACAUCUGGGUCCCUCAGGGCAACACUGUGUCUACCAAUCUGCCUGUUAUGGUGUUCAUCUAUGGUGGUGCCUUCCUGCUUGGUGCUGGUCAGGGUGCAAACUUCUUGGACAACUACCUGUACGACGGACAGGAGAUCGCAGACAGAGGAAAUGUUAUUGUGGUGACAUUCAACUAUCGUGUCGGAUCCCUGGGAUUCCUCAGCACUGGAAAUGCUGACGCACCUGGAAACUAUGGCCUGUGGGAUCAGCACGCCGCUAUCUCCUGGGUACACAGAAACAUCAGGAAUUUUGGUGGCAAUCCAGACAACAUCACCAUCUUUGGAGAGUCAGCAGGAGGAGCCAGCGUCAACUUCCAGGUUCUUUCCCCUAAAAACAAGGGCCUGAUCCGCAGAGCUAUCUCACAGAGUGGUGUUGCUCUCUGUCCCUGGGCUGUCAACAGAAAUCCACGACAGUAUGCUGUGGAGGUCGCAAAAAAGGUAGGAUGUCCUACUGAUAGCGGGAUGGUGGCUUGUCUGAAGAGGACAGAUCCAAAGGCUGUAACUCUUGCUGGGAAUGUGAAACUCAGUACAUCUGCUUCUCAACCCAUUGUACAAAAUCUGGCUCUGUCCCCGGUCAUUGAUGGAGACUUCCUCCCCGCCGAGCCUGAAACCCUUUUCAGGAAUGCUGCUGACAUUGAUUACAUUAUUGGAGUCAAUGACAUGGACGGCCAUAUCUUUGCCACCCUUGACAUCCCAUCUAUCAACAACGCACUGGUGUCCACCUCUGUGGCGGAUGUCAGGGCUCUCUCGAUUGCUCUGUCUAAAUCUAGAGGACAAGAGGCUGGUAUCGCAACUUAUGAGGAGUACACAGUCAACUGGGGUAGUAAACCUAGUAAUGACGCCAUUAAGAAAACAGCUGUGGAGAUGGAGACGGACUACAUCUUCCUGGUGCCAUCCCAAGCGGCCCUGUACCUCCACUCUGACCAUGCCAAAUCUGGAAGAACCUACUCGUAUCUGUUCACUGAGCCCUCUCGCAUACCUCUCUACCCACUCUGGAUGGGUGCCGAUCACGCUGAUGACCUUCAGUAUGUGUUUGGGAAGCCUUUCACCACUCCUCUGGGCUACUUUCCUCGGCAGCGUGACGUCGCCAAUUACAUGAUUUCCUACUGGACCAAUUUUGCUCAAACUGGUGACCCUAACAAAGGAACGUCCAGUGUUCCUGUAACCUGGCCCGAGUUUGCCAGCAGUGGCCAUAAGUACCUGAAUAUCAACAACAAGAUGAACAGAGACAGUGUGAAGCAGAUGUUGAGAACGCGUUUGGUUUACUACUGGACUACCGUCUUUGCCAGCUUCCCAAGUGUCCAGAAGAACUGAGCACUACCAAAUCAACUAGAAAUCAUGUAGCCAUUCUAGCAGUGAAUAUGAUUCUAAGAUUCAUGCAAUAAACAAAAUAUAUG